GGUAGAAUGAACAAAGGGAUUAUUACGUUAAGAUUAAUAAUGGAUUGGAAGUAAGCCCGGGUAAAUCUUGGUUAAAAAAAUAAAAAAGCUGGUCGGACCGGUAAAAAAAACCCUUGAAAAAUAAAAAGGGUAUAAAUUGUCUGAAAAACAUUAUUGAAAUUUCUUGUUCUUCUUUUAAUCUAUUUUAAAAUAACAAUAUGGUUUUAGCCACUAAAUUAAACUCCUGGAGCAAGCUUCAACAACAUUAUGAUGCUGAGGGUAAGGAUAUCGUCAUCAAGGAAUUGUUUGAACAAGACCCCGCACGUUUCGAAAAGUACAAUCGCGUCUUCGAGGGUACCAACACCAAUAUCUUGUUUGAUUUCUCCAAGAACCGUGUUACCGAUGAAACUCUCCAACUCUUGUUAGAAUUGGCCAAGGAGGCUAAGGUUGAAGAAAUGCGUAACAAAAUGUUUGCUGGUGAACAUAUUAACUUCACCGAGGAUCGUGCUGUUCUUCACGUCGCCCUUCGUAACCUUUCUGAUAAGCCUAUUUAUGAUGAAGGUGUUGAUGUUAUGCCUGAAGUUCGCGAAGUGCUUGCUCACAUGAAGGAGUUUUCCGAAUCUGUUCGCUCUGGUGAAUGGAAGGGUUAUACCGGUAAGGCUAUUACUGAUAUUGUGAAUAUCGGUAUUGGUGGUUCUGAUCUUGGUCCCGUUAUGGUCACUGAGGCCUUGAAAUCUUAUGCUCAAGAAGGUUUAACUCCUCAUUACGUUUCCAACAUUGACGGUACUCAUCUCGCCGAAGUCCUCAAGACUAUUAAGCCUGAAACCACUCUCUUUAUUAUUGCCUCAAAGACCUUCACUACCCAAGAAACUAUUACCAAUGCAGAGUCUGCUAAAGCUUGGUUCCUUGCUGAAGCUAAAGAUGCCAGCCACGUCGCCAAACAUUUCGUUGCUCUCUCUACAAACACAAAGUUAGUCACUGCUUUCGGUAUUAAUGCUGAUAACAUGUUCAAGUUCUGGGAUUGGGUUGGUGGCCGUUACUCUCUCUGGUCUGCUAUCGGUUUAUCCAUUGCUAUCACCAUCGGUUUCCAAAACUUCGAAGAUCUUCUUCGUGGUGGUCAUGAAAUGGAUGAACAUUUCCUUAACACACCUCUUGAAAACAACAUCCCUGUCUUGAUGGGUCUUGUCGGUCUCUGGUAUAACAACUUUUAUGGUGCCCAAACCGAAGCCAUUCUCCCUUAUGAUCAAUACAUGCAUCGUUUCGCUGCCUAUUUCCAACAAGGUAACAUGGAAUCUAAUGGUAAGUACGUUUCUCGUUCAGGAGAGGAGGUUCAAAACCAAACAGGUCCCAUCAUCUGGGGUGAGCCCGGAACCAACGGUCAACAUGCUUUCUACCAACUCAUUCAUCAAGGUACCAAGAUGAUCCCUUGUGAUUUCCUUGCUCCUAUUGAGACUUUUAACCCCAUCAAUCAUGGUGUUCAUCAUGAUAUCUUAUUAUCCAACUUCUUUGCUCAAACUGAGGCUUUAAUGGUCGGUAAGAACGAACAACAAGUCCGUGCUGAGAUGGGUGCUCAUGUUCAAGAAAACAUUGUUCCCCACAAGGUCUUUAAGGGUAAUAAGCCCACCAACUCCUUCAUGUUCCAAAAAUUGACUCCUACUACUCUUGGUGCCCUCAUUUCCAUGUACGAGCACAAGAUUUUCGUACAAGGUGCUAUCUGGGAUAUCAACUCUUACGAUCAAUGGGGUGUUGAACUUGGUAAGCAAUUGGCCAAGGCCAUUUUGCCUGAACUUACUUCUCCCGGUGUCGUCUCUUCUCAUGAUGCUUCUACCAAUGGUCUUAUUAACCAUUACAAGAAGAACAAGAAGCAAUACUAAUCUAAUCUAAUUUUUACCCUUUUUUUUUCUCUCUCUUGCCUUUAUAAUCUCAUUUGCUAUCUCUCUUUUUUUGUUUUUAAAUCAUACAUAAAUCUCUUUUUGUCAUCACGUCCGUCAGGCUUGUUU